CUCCUGUCACGCUCGCGCGGGGAGGAGGCUGAGGUGGCCAUGGCGGAUUUCGAUCCUUACGACGAUCGCGCCUACAGCAGCUUCGGCGGCGGCCGGGGGUCUCGUGGUGGCGGCCUUGGUACUCGCAGACAGAAAGAGCUGCCAACAGAACCCCCUUUCACAGCAUAUGUGGGAAAUCUACCUUUCAACACUGUUCAAGGAGACAUAGAUGCUAUCUUCAAGGAUCUCAGUGUAAGGAGUGUACGACUAGUCAGAGACAAGGAAACGGACAAGUUUAAAGGAUUUUGUUACGUAGAGUUUGAUGAGGUGGAAUCACUCAAGGAAGCUCUUACGUAUGAUGGUGCACUUUUGGGUGACCGAUCACUCCGAGUGGACAUAGCAGAAGGCAGAAAACAGGAUAAAGGUGGUUUUGGCUUCAGAAAAGGUGGUGGGCCUGAUGACAGAGGAAUGGGAGGAGGUCCCCGAGAAUCCAGAGGAGGUGGAUGGGAUCCCAGAGAUGACUUCAAUUCUGGAUUCAAAGAUGAUGACUUCUUGGGAGGUCGGGGUAGAGGAACUCGUCCUGGAGACCGGCGACCACCUGGUGCCUCAAUGGGAACUGGCGGCACCGGUCGCUUCAGAGAUGGACCUCCCCUUCGUGGAUCUUCCAUGGACUUCAGAGAGCCAACAGAAGAGGAAAGAGCACAGCGGCCCCGACUUCAGCUCAAACCUCGAACAGUUGCUACUCCCCUCAAUCAAGUAGCCAACCCCAACUCUGCUAUCUUUGGUGGAGCCAAACCCCGAGAGGAAGUAGUAAAAGAGCACGACUGAGCUUGGGGUUGAGAGGGAAUGGGGAGGCGGGAGAAAAAGCAAGACAGUACAGAGUGACUAGCUCUGCUGGAAUGUCAACCCUGCAGUUUACCAUUCCUGCCAUCUGGCAUUUGUCCUCUUUAAAACCGAAAACACAGAGCUUGUGAAUGCAUGUCAGCUGUUAACAAGUGGUUUUUAGUACGUUCUUGGCUUUGCUGUAUCUAGUGCCUGCUUUGUGCUGAGUUUCCCUCUUCUGUUUCCUUCCAAGCAGCACAGUUGCCAGUAGGUAAGGCAGUGUAGCUGCUUCCACCAGUGUGGAGGUCUCUGGACAAAGGUGCUGCUUCACUUCCUCCUUUCUGGGUUUGUUUUACUUUAGAAGCACAGGUUAGACUUAGUUAUUACCCUGUAUUGUUUCCUUUUACUUCUUCAGUGCUCCUCUUCUGACCUGCAUGUCUUGUUCUGUAUUGCUGUGGCUCUGAAGAGGAAAGCUGGAGAAUCCAGACAAGUUGAGCAUCUGGAGUAAUUUACAGUUCUAACCAUGUAGUGAGAUACCAUUGAUGACAAUUGAUGAUAGAAUUACUGUAUACAGCUUAACUCUUUAUUAAAACUGAAGGGGAUCACUGCCCUUUCACACAGGUCACUGUGAAAUACCAACUUAAUAGAUGCAAAUAAAAUUAGCUGAGAGGAAACCUGGUGAAUAGGUAGCAUCUCUGUAGAUAAAGCGCCUGCCAGUAGACUCCUGGCUUUUGACUUCAAAAUGGCAUAACACUACAUUCUGAGCUCAAGGUUAGUGCUGCAAAAGUGUGCUUGUUUGAGCACGACUCACUGGCUCUUCCUGCUUAAAUUUCUUUUGAGUUUUACAUGUUUGGUAAAUUUUUAAAUGAAGUUUCUACAAAUAAAAUGGACUUUUUUAUUUUUGUUUAAGGAGUGUAUACUUUGCCAUGCAGUAUGUAAUUGCUAUUGUCUUCUGUAUUUCUUCAACCAAUAGUAUACAGUUAAGACCUCUGCUUUCAGAAUACCUUGCAAAGGGGCAGAUAAAAAUCCAAUAUGCUUUAGAUUCUGCUCAUGUAGAAGUCUGGGUAAAAAAACCUCUCUAGUUGCCACAUCUCUGUGAACUUGAAAUGUUUCUUGCCACUGUUCCUGGGAGUGUAUGUGUGGGAAGAGGGAGGUGAGGGAAAUGGGAGGCUGGAGCGAAGUGGGAGAGAGGUAUUCAUGUUCAAAAACAAAACCUUCCUCUAGAACGCUCUGUAGACAGGUUUGCAUGAGAAGAACUCUUGCCCUUAAGGCUAGUGCUGAUAAAGCAGCCAACACACCAGAAUAUUCCCAAGAGGAGUUAGAGGCAUGGCUGCUUUGCUACAAGCCUCACUGCUAGUAGUGAAUUUCUUCCUUAAAGUUCCCUUUUUGUCACAUCAGAGUCCCAGCAAUUUACAGAACUACUUUCCUUCCUUCUGCCUGUCACUUAAUCUGCUUCUGAGAUAAGAACCAUUUGUCUAACACUAAUACUUAAUUUAAGACAGACAUGC